CUUCCGGGUGUGCACAAACAGAAGGCGAACGGAGUUGCCUCGCUCUAAAGAUGUCUAAAGUAACGUUUAAAAUCACCCUGACGUCGGACCCCCGGCUGCCGUAUAAAGUACUAAGUGUCCCAGAGAGCACACCAUUCACAGCAGUUUUGAAGUUUGCAGCUGAGGAGUUCAAAGUUCCAUCAGCAACCAGCGCAAUAAUAACAAAUGACGGAAUAGGAAUCAACCCUGCCCAGACAGCAGGGAAUGUGUUUCUGAAACACGGCUCAGAGCUUCGCAUCAUUCCCAGAGACAGAGUGGGAGGACAAGGAGACUGAUGCUGCUUUUCCACGUCGAUGGCAUAAUGACUCACCCGGCUGAAGCAUAUAACACUUGAGACCCAGGAAACACCUCAGCGUGUGUCAUAUUUAUUUUCUGGCCCACAACUGACAGUGACUCACAUGAGAAUAUAUAUAUAUAUACACAUACAUAUAUAUAAAGUUGAUGAUGACAUGCUACACACUUGCAUGCUCCCUGCUUCUUCAUUCUCUGUCGAGUGGGUUUUCUUUUUUUCAUCUGUAAGUGUAGUCGCAUCAAACAGUGGAGUGACGUCGAGAGUACCCAGAGGUACUGAGUAAUUAAUCUACACAAACACAGCAGCUGCAUCAUGGGGGAGAUAUCAGCUAAGUUUAACAAACAAUUGAGUCAACAGUUACAGCUUUUGUAUCUUUGUAAAUGACAAUAAACUAUCAUUAUGACUAACAGCAACACAAGCCCAUUUUGCAAUGUUUUGUCUUUAUUAGCAUUGUGAUUAUAUAUAUAUAUGAUGUGAGAAGUGAACCUUUUUGAAAAUGUAUGUUCAACAAGCUUUUUAGGACCAUUGUUGUUUUAAUAAGUGGCUGUCGAUCGGCAGGUAAAAAUCUGUUCACAUGAGAAAUUCUUUUUUUUAUUUCAGAGUACUUCUCAAGCACAAGAUAAAUAAACGUGCAUCGUGGAUGUGUACUGAUCUUGA